UCUGUCCCACUCCUCUCCGAUAACUCUUGGAUCACGUGCAGCUCACAUGUUCUCCUCCUUCGGCCAAGCUCCCCUCCGCCUCCCUUAUUAUUGCAAUCCCUUCCACUCUUCCUCCCCACACCAUCAGUAUCCGGUGACCCCCUCCGCUUCCCCUUCCUCCCUGUGAAGGUGAUGGGCAAGCUCGAAUCGGAGAACGCGGAGGCGAUCGGCUCGUUCCUCUCCGACACGUCGGCGAAGGUGUUCGUUGCGGGCCACCGCGGCCUCGUCGGCUCCGCCAUACACCGCAAGCUCCUCGCCCUCGGCUUCACCGACCUCGUCGUCCGCACCCAUGCCGAACUCGAUCUCACCCGCCAGGCCGAUGUCGAGGCCUUCUUCGCCGCGGAGCGCCCCCGCUACGUCAUCGUGGCCGCCGCCAAGGUCGGCGGCAUCCACGCCAACUCUACCUACCCUGCCGACUUCAUCGCCGUCAACCUCCAGAUCCAGACCAACAUCAUCGACGCCGCCCUCCGCUGCGCUGGUGGCGCUGUCCGCAAGCUCCUCUUCCUUGGCUCCUCCUGCAUCUACCCCAAGCUCGCCCCCCAGCCCAUCCCGGAGUCCGCCCUCCUCUCCGGCCCCCUGGAGCCCACCAACGAGUGGUACGCCGUGGCCAAGAUCGCCGGCAUCAAGAUGUGCCAGGCCUACCGGAUCCAGCACGGCCUCGACGCCAUCUCCGCCAUGCCGACCAACCUCUACGGUCCCCACGACAAUUUCCACCCAGAGAAUUCCCACGUCCUCCCGGCCCUGAUCCGGCGCUUCCACAAGGCUAAGGUCUCCUGUGCCAAUGAGGUGGUCGUCUGGGGCACGGGCUCGCCCCUGAGGGAGUUCCUCCAUGUGGAUGAUCUCGCAGAUGCGGUGGUCUUCCUAAUGGAUCGGUACUCGGGGUUGGAGCACGUUAACGUGGGGAGCGGGAAGGAGGUGACCAUAAAGGAGCUGGCGGAGAUGGUGAAGGAGGUGGUCGGCUUUGAGGGGGAGCUCGUGUGGGACAAUACAAAGCCCGAUGGGACGCCGAGGAAGCUGAUGGACAGCUCAAUGCUCGCCGGAAUGGGUUGGGAGGCAAAGAUCCCUCUCCGUGAAGGGCUAGCGGAUACGUACAAGUGGUAUGUGGAGAAUGUCGUCGACCAUUAGCCAUGAAUUGAUGUUCUAUCGCAUUAUUAUUACUUGGAUCUGUGUUGUUGCCAUUAGUACCAGUAUGCUUCUAGGAUAAGCCUACACCUGAGUUUGAGGUUCUUCAUAUUUACAGAUAUCUGUGUGCACGGAUUUGUAAUAUCAUUGUUAUGUUGAUUUACUACUUCAAUAAGAUAGACUCAUGCUGCUACCUUGCUGUUGUAA